AUGUCCGGAACAAAGCCACCGAUACCCACUAAACCCGGGAGCCCCCUGAAUGUUGGGGAACCCCUCUUACCAGAGACUGAUCCUACUGCGCCGGUGGGCAGCCUGUGCACUAAGGAGGAGUUGGUGCAGCGGCUGAGCCGAUGUGUAGAGAGCGGAGACCAGAACCUGGCCGCCCAGUACGCCGCCGAGUUGGCCAAAUCCAGAGUUCCCGUUCACAUUCAGCUAAAGCAGACCUGCUACCCGAGAACGGAGAUCUGUAUGAAGGUCGGUGUGGAGGAUGCCAAGGCCUCCGUGAAUAUCUCCACAUACGUGCACAGUACUGACCCCAUAAUAUUCAAGGACUAUCAGUUCCACCCCAGUAUCCAGCGCUGGAUCAUCGGCCAGUGUCUGUGCUCCGACGAUCGGACGGUCAUGUCUUACGGUAUUACGAGAGAUGGGGACACCGCGUUCCUCUACCUGCUGGGCGCUAAACAGGCAAAGCUGACGCCACAGGACAAGAAUGCCGUCCAUCAGGCGCCAUCGCAACUGCCGGAGUCGGGCCUCGAUGAACCGCGCAAAGCCAAUACCCUCCCCAUGCUAAAGACAGCCUUUUCUCGGAGACACAAUAAGGAAGUGAGGAGUUCUCUGAGGAAAUCCCCAGACUUGUACUUUGCCCUCGUCUGUCUCUUGUUUGUCACCAUAAACCUGUUUUUCCUGCAGCCGGCAGCUUUGGUGUCGGGCCAAUAUCCGUGUCUGAGUGUCGCUCAGAAACUGUGCAAGACGGAGAGUAUGGAUACAACGGGCCACCCAAACCCGAUCUACAAUGCACCACCUUCACCUGCCCAGGUCGGCUGGUCAUGUCCCGCCUGCACUUUCUUCAACGUACCUACGCGCCCGGGCUGUGAGAUUUGCUGUUCUGACCGCCCAACGGACUACGUGGUUCCUGAUUGGUACAAACCGGAGGAGUCGGAGAGACGGAGGAUGCAGCAGGAGAACGAUGGGCUGCAGCAGUACAAGAAGGCUCAGGAGGAGGAGCGGCAGCAGAACUUCCUGUACCUCCUCCAGCUGGACAACGAGGUCCUCAUCCCCAACCAGGAGGCCAUCGAAUGUCGCAUCUGCUACACCGAGGUGCCCGCGGGGGGCGGAGUCCUGCUACGCGAGUGUCUGCACAGCUUCUGCAGGACCAUGAGGGUGUCUCACUCCGGAGCUGGGAGACAGCCUAAGACGAGGUUGGUGUCGCAGGAAGAGUAUUCCCGCAUACUGGAGCGCGGCCUGGUGGUGGCGGAGAGCAGGAGCCAGAACAGUUACCACUGCCGCACUGCGGACUGCAAGGGGUGGUGCAUCUACGAGGACUCCGUCAAUGAGUUCUUCUGCCCCAUCUGCGGAGCCGAGAAUUGCCUGACCUGCAAGGCCAUCCACAACGAAAUGAACUGCAAAGAGUACCAGGACGACCUGCGCAUCCGAGCGCUGAACGACACCGCCGCCAGACAGACCAGCGACAUGCUGAAGACGCUCGUCCAGACCGGGGAAGCCAUGUACUGCCCGGCCUGCCAGAUCAUCGUCCAGAAGAAGGACGGCUGCGACUGGAUCCGCUGCACCAUGUGCCAGACCGAGAUCUGCUGGGUGACCAAGGGCCCUCGCUGGGGGCCACAGGGCCCGGGCGACACCUCAGGGGGGUGCCAGUGUAAUAUGAACGGAAGAAAAUGCGACCCACGUUGUCAGAAUUGCCACUGAGGAAGGAGAACCUGUUACGGCCAGCAGAGAAAAAAAACCCGAACUCCCAGU